GGCAGCUGUGUAAAGAACUGAAAAAUAUGACCAGCCAAGAGUUAAGUUGGAACUGCAAUAUUUUGAUGAUCUUUAGUAGAGGACUGUCAAUGAACAAGGAAAAGUAUAUUGGAAUAAUAAAUUGAACCUUAUGCACCAAGUCUGUGUGAGUUAAAUACAAGCCACAUAUAUGAUAUUCUACAUCAGGUCUUAUCACAUUAAGAUAAUAUUCUACAAAAGGUCUUGACACAUUUAUAUGAUAUUGUACAACAGGUCUUGCCACAUUGAUAUUAUAUAUUCUGUAGCAGGUCUUGGAACAUUAAGAUAUUCUACAACAGGCCUUGCCAAGUAAAUGUAUUUUAUUUACAUACUCAAGUAUACUAGUAGGUACAGUUUUAAUGACUGAGUAAAAAGUGAUUAAUUAAGGCAAGCACUAGUAAGUGUUAUCAAAAUAGCUCCAGUGUGUAUCUGCACUGUAGAAUGAUUCUAACAUGUCAGUACAUGUAUUAUGAUCUCCCUUCUCCAUGAGAGAAAAAAAAGGGUAACAACUUAAACAGAAUGCUCAAUUUAAAAUCCCCCAUGUUACUAACAAAAGCUAAAAAAGUUAACUCAUUUGAAAAGAAUUUCAAGUAUUUUACCUGCCUGGGCUUGACUUUUAAAUCUUUGUACUAGUCACUGAGGUGCUGAAGCUCAGUAUUUUAAAAUAUUGAUCAGGAGUUAGAAAAGAACCAUUGUUACCAGAAUAAUGUGUAAAACAGAGGUGGCCACCAAAGUUGGCCAGACUGGACCACCCCCCCUGGAGCCAGACAAGGAGUAUGUGAACACAGGCCGAGAGGACCAAAUGGAAAUCAGUGGAUAUCAGCGCAGUAGGGUAAGAACAGUGCUGGCCUGGCUGGGAUAUCUGUUCACUGCAGGACUGCUGCGUCUGGUCUUCCACUGGAGACCUGAUUGGAUGCUGAAAGUGACACAUACAUCUUGUCGCCUUGGCAAUGCUGGAGCUGUUAUGUUAAAGGAUCAGUACAAACAGAUCUUUGUGGAGAAAGUGAAGACGAUUACCAAAGAUGGCACCAGUGUGAAGAUUGUUCCGCGGAGAGAUGGACGGGAAAGCCACCUGUUGAUGCCUGGACUGAAGUCGUCACGUCAGGGGAGUUCGGGUGAUCUCGUCAUGGAGCCCUUGUAUCAUGACGACAGCUUGGUUCGUUACUUCUCAAACAAAAAAUUGAAAUACAUCUGGAAUGCUGAGAAACAAAGUUAUUCCAAGCUGAGAGGCAUAGAAGAAGGCGUGUCAUGUGCUUAUUUUCAUAACUGCCAUGGACUGUCAGAAGUGGAGAAAAUCAGGAGGCGGGUGUUGUAUGGUGCUAACCACAUAAGAGUACGUGUUACCCCAAUUAUUCAGAUACUGUUUCUACAGGUGCUAAACCCAUUCUAUAUCUUUCAAGUGUUCAGCUGCAUUUUGUGGUACGUGGAUGAGUACUACUACUACGCCUCUUGUAUUGUGCUCAUCUCGGCCAUAUCCAUCUGUACCUAUGUCUAUCAAACACGACAGAUGCAGCGGCGUUUAAGAGAAACCAUCCAAGCCUCAGGCACAGUAUUUGUGUCUCGAGGAGAGGGAGAAUUUGUAGAAGUUCCGUCCUCAGAGUUGGUGCCUGGCGAUUUGAUAGAAAUCCCUCGUUACGGCUGCAUCAUGUCAUGUGAUGCUGUUCUUAUCAACGGGAACUGUAUUGUCAAUGAGAGCAUGCUGACAGGAGAGAGCGUCCCAGUCACCAAGACUGCCCUCCCCAACCCCAUGAUAUCCAAGGAGCAGAGAGACGUCCACUUCAGUCUACGGGAAAACUCCCGCAAUGUGCUCUUCUGUGGGACCAAUGUCAUCCAGACACGUUACUAUGGCAAUCAGAAGGUCAAGGCCGUGGUCAUCAGGACAGGUUUUAUGACUUCAAAGGGAGACCUGGUGCGAUCCAUCUUGUUCCCUAAACCAGUCGACUUUAAGUUCACGCGAGACACUUACAAGUUUGUGGGUGGUUUGAGUUUCAUGUCCUUCUGUGGCUUUGUCUACACUGCUGUUAUAAUGGCCAUACGUGGCGACACCUUUGGGAAGAUCAUGCUGCGUUGCUUGGACUUGGUAACCAUCGCUGUACCGCCAGCAUUGCCAGCUGCGCUGACAGUGGGAAGCGUGUUUGCCCAGGGACGUCUGAAAAAGCGGGACAUUUUCUGCAUCAGUCCCUCCAGUAUUCCUGUCACUGGCUCCAUCAAUGUCGUCUGCUUCGAUAAGACGGGGACUCUGACUGAGGAUGGACUGGACAUGUGGGGCGUGUUGCCUGCCAGUGAUCAACGGUUUACAGAAGUUGUCCACGCCCCCAGCUUGUUACCAAGGGGACCAUUCCUGAUCACCAUGGCAACAUGUCACUCACUCACAAAGAUCAAAGGUCAAAUCAGUGGCGACCCCCUUGACCUCAAGAUGUUUGAGGUCACAGACUGGGAACUUGAUGAGCCAGGUGAGGAGGACACCUCCAAAUUUGACACCUUUGCCCCCACUGUGGUCCGCCCUCGCCACCCUGAUGUGGUCCGAGACUCCAGUCUGGAAAUAAAUGAGCCGGGUGACACUCCGUAUGAAGUAGGCAUUGUACGCCAGUUCACCUUCUCCUCCAGUCUGCAGAGGAUGUCCGUUAUUGCCAGGACGCUGGGAGAGAGAAACUUCUGUCUGUAUGCCAAAGGAGCACCAGAGACCAUCGCAUCGCUCUGCAAGGCGGAAACAAUUCCUGUAGACUUCCAUGAUAAACUACUGGAGUACACCCAACAUGGCUAUAGGGUGCUAGCUCUGGCCUGGAAGCCACUGCAUGCCAAAGUAAACUAUGUGAAGACACAGAGAAUUACAAGAGAGCAGGUGGAGUACGACCUGAUAUUCCUGGGACUUCUGGUGAUGGAGAACAGACUGAAACCUGAGACAACUCCUGUUAUACGACAACUGAGGGAGGCAAAUGUGCGCACUGUCAUGGUUACAGGUGACAACAUGUUGACAGCAGUGAGUGUGGCCAGAGACUGUGACAUGAUUGACCCCAGCCACCAUGUCAUCUUGGUGAACUCAGUGCUGCCCCCUCCAGGCAAGACAAGACCAACCCUAGAGUGGAUGUAUGCAGAGGACACCAAGCGGAAGGUGGAGGAGGUUCAUUGUGAUCCCUGGAAGAGCACAGCCAUUGAUAUAGACUUGACUGACCAACACUUCCAUUUUGCUGUCUCGGGGAAAACAUGGACAGUUAUCAAAGAACACUACCCAGAACUUUUGCCAAAGAUUGUUGUAAGGGGCACAGUAUUUGCCAGGAUGUCACCUGAUCAGAAGCAGCAAUUAGUGGAGACACUGCAACAGUUGGGCUACUAUGUCUCAAUGUGUGGGGACGGAGCCAAUGACUGUGGGGCCCUGAAGACUGCCCAUGCUGGGAUAUCUCUGUCAGAGGCCGAGGCUUCAGUGGCAUCACCUUUUACCUCCAAACAUCAGAAUAUAGAGUGUGUGCCCACAGUGAUAAGAGAGGGGAGAGCAGCUCUAACCACCACGUUUGGGAUUUUCAAGUACAUGGCAUGUUACAGUCUUACACAGUUUGUGUCUGUUCUCAUUCUCUACUGGAUUGGCAGCAAUUUGACAGAUUUUCAGUUUCUCUAUAUAGAUCUUGUGGUGCUAACAUCUCUGAGUAUUACAUUCAGCAGAACAGGUGCUUUCUCCAAACUGACCAAAGACAAGGUUCCCAUCAGCCUGAUCUCCCCACAGCCCAUACUGUCCGUUAUCUUACAGAUGGGGAUACAGACCACAGCGCAGGCACUGGCCUAUCUGCUUGUAUACGUACAGCCUUGGUUUGUGCCAUAUGUGAUCAAUCCUGUAGAUGAGUACGCCAGUUAUGAGAACUCAGCCAUUUUCAGCGUCUCUGCAUUCCAGUACAUCACACUGGCGGUCGUCUUCUCCAAGGGGGCGCCACUUAGGAAGACAGUCUUCAGCAACUAUGCUUUCUUGAUCAACUUGAUCAUACUGACCCUAUGUACAGUGUGGAUAGUGAUCUACCCAUUGCCAUUCAUGGUGGACUUACUGGAGUUGAAGUUGAUGCCGUCUGUGCUGUUCAGAACACUGAUGGUGGGUUUUGCUAUCAUCAACUUCUUCCUUUCCAUGAUACUGGAGUCUUUCAUCCUAGAUGGAUAUAUCAGAAGAAAAGUUGCUGCCGCCACUGAGUGCUGUGCCAAAACCUCCCGUUUCCACUACAUGGAGAUAGAAGACGAGAUCGCCAACACGCCAGAAUGGCCGCCCAUUUCCCGUGAGAAGUCUGAUCUUGCUCAGCUUCUACGAGAUGAGAGCAACCUUGAGGCCAUAGUACAGAGGAAUAACAGUAGAAAAGAGAGUGAGAACAGUGAUAGCAGUGCAACUAUAACCUCCAUAGAUGUAAUCCCAGACAGGGAUUCCUGUAAAGGAACCAAGCAGCUCACCACAGACGACAGACCCAAGAGCCUCCAUGACAUUCAUCGUCGUGAACACGGACAUACCCCUAGAAGGCGCCACUUGUCUGAAAGCCUUCGUUACACCAGACCAAGUGACUUUCCCCACACUGACAAGGAAGACUUACCAAUCGGUCAGAAAAAAGGAUUCCAUGACCUUGACCUCAUUGAAGGUGGCAAGCAAGUGCUGCCUCCUGCCGGUGACCAUGUUUCCUAUGACAUCAGCAAGGAGAAUCCAUCCGACUACUUCACUGUUGAAGUGGAGGAGAAAGAGCUUCUGGAAGAGAACUCUAAUUUGUAGCUAAUCCCAGUGGUCUCUGAAGGUUGAAUUUAUUCUAUUUAUGAUGAAAAGCACAACAGUUUAUUUAUAGUAUAUACUAGUAUGAACAACUUCUGAAAAGGAGUCUGAUCUCUUGACAAAUUUACCAGUAAUUUUUUUUUGGAGUUAUUUAUCAGUUUGAUCCUGAAUAUUACAGAUCUUCACUUGGAGAUAAUUAAGAUAGCUAGAUGAGUCAAAUAGUACCAAAUUUUCUGCCAAUAAUAACACGGGUAGAUAGUGCAUACCAUCAAAAGCAAGUGAAUAACCCACUUGUUUUCCUCACCAUUCAAGAAUCUAAACUAGUAGAAUCUGAAAUAUAUUUAACAGAGAAGAAGGAGAUAAGGAUUUUCUGUAUUAAAACAAUAAUAGAUUGCAAUAAUAAAUGUGUUUGGUUCUAGCUUUAAUUGUGAAAUUUAAGGAUACUAAAUGCCAUAAGAUUUUGACAGUCUCUUUAAAUAUUUAAUCCAGUUAUGUGUGCCAGUUUCAUUCAUCCUGAGUUGAAAUAAGUAUUAACUUCAGGUUUAUAACAGUAGAGCUGAUACAACAAUGUAAGCAAAAAGAAUACACACUACUGUUUAAUUCCAAUAUAAAUAAUUAGAUGACUAUUUAUUUACUUAACAACAGUGUACCUAAGUCACAAAGUAUGCCAUCAGCUUUAUAUGCAUUACUGGAAUGUAUUUAUAAAGGCCAGUACAUGUGCUGCUCAUUAUUUGGUAAGACGGAAAAAGAAGUUUGAGUCAAGAAUUUUUAAGUUAGAAGUCUAAGGCUGUAUUCCCAGAGCUUUUAGAUCGAUCUAUCCCCUCGGGGAGUCUCACUAGAU